AUGGCCACCUUUCCCGCUGGUCUGGAGACCCCGCUUCUCAAGGUCAGCCGCCCUGUCGCAGCAUGCUCGAGGUGCCGCGCCGCUAAAGUAAAAUGCGAUGGCAAACUCCCUGCCUGCUCUGCUUGCGAACGGGCAGGGAAAGCGUCUAGCUGCCCAGGCGCUACAGAUGAGUUCGCUAAGGGAAAAGAGCGGAGCUAUGUGGCCUCGCUUGAAGGCCAAUGUGAACGGCUUGAGAAAGAAAUCGCCGAAGCGAAGCGUCGGAGGCAGAAUUCUAUAAUGGAAAGAGCUGCGAUGGGGCAGAACUAUAACUCUCCCCCGAUAUACUCUCAAGGCGGGAAGAAAUCUUAUCGCAAAGAGACAUCUGAUAUCAAUGACUUGGUGGGAGAUUUUGGAUUCCUCUCAGUUAACGCGACAUCGAGAGAUUUCUAUGGCAUCACAUCCUCAACAUCCUUUGCUAGGCUACUGUUAGCAGUGGCUGUAUCGAAGCCCUUACAGAAUGCAGGGGUAAACAGAGGCCUUCCAGCCCGCCCCGUAUCUUCUACGCUUAUCCAGCAUUACUUCGACAAUAUCUAUGUCCUGGCGCCCUUCUUUAUACAGACCAACUUUUGGGCAUCGUUCGAUGCCAUCUAUCAAGAAGGAGGACGUUUCGCCAAGAGUUUUGAUUAUUGGAUUGUACACAUGGUUUUAGCAAUCUCUCAGGCUCUAACCUCUCAUUCUCAAAUUGCUAGGCAUCAUGUUUCGAUAGCGCUCGAAUACGCCGAUGAUGUUCUUCAUCCCGGAUCGAUUGCUGGCAUCCAGGCCAUUUUAUUAUUGGCGCAGUAUUCAAUGCUUGACCCUGAACACUUCAGAACUUGGCACUUGAUUGGCAGUGCUGCUAGAGUCGUCUCUGAUCUAGGUAUUCACCAGGAGCAACUAUCUGAGCCGUACCUCAAUAAAACAAACCUAGAUCUUCGAAGGAAGGUUUUCCAUUGCGUCUAUUCCUUUGACCGAUAUGUUAGCAUUGCAUUUGGGCGAGCAUUCUCAUUCUCCGAUGAUUCUGUGAACGUCCCUCUUCCAGGCGUGCCGCUGCAGCCCAUUGGGGAAGCCUUAAACUGGACGACCCCCCUAUUCGCCAAGGGCAUCGAACCGGCCAUCUAUUUGUUCAAAAUACGCGGAAUACAGUCAAAGGCAUAUCAAAUUAUGUUUUUCAGUGGGCGGAACCCAGCCCCAGAGCCCUCGCUGUACACAUGGGAAGUCUGUGCGGAGGCUCAAAGCUGGUUCAAUGCAAUACCAAGAACUUUGCCAGGUCAUCUCAUUAUCUUCUACAACGCAGAGCUUUUCUUCACUUUUGUGAUUCUCCUCUCCCCGUCGAAUUAUAAUCCGAGCGUAAGCAUACUACACCGAGUUCUACUAUUUGAAUACGCCAUCAAGUUCAUCUCCCAAAUACACCAAAUAAUCAGCGCCGCUAGCUGGCCGCUGUUUUUCUCAUACAUCGACAUCCAACGAGUGUACACAGUAGCUAGCAAGUUCAUAGACGCUCUCGAUCAAUCGUACGACGAAAUACUUCUGGACACCCUUCCUGAGCUAGCCACCCCCGUACCGCCAGGAACGCACCAACCUCCGUACGUAUCCCCAACAGAACGGAUUGAUUCCAACGGCCGGGCACUGAAAUGCCUACAAAGCAUUGGCUCGAUUUUGAAAUAUGCUCACACCAGGUGGAAUAUGAGAGAUCUGCUGGAUGAAUUCCAGCGAAGUUCCAUUCAUUUGGAGAAACGGCUGAUACAAACCCAAGCACAUGGGCCUCAGCACCAUGUGGAAUUGGCGCCCGCUGUGGCUCCCGUUUCCUUCCCAGGGCAAGCGUAUACGAUGCACCCGGCGCAACCACAAUAUAUUCAACUGUCGCAGCAGCAGCAGCAACAGCAAAAGCAACAUCCUGUGAUGGCAAAUAAGAUGCCGACUCGCGAUAGCAACGAAUGAUAGCUAGUGAGUCCAAAACAGACGGUUCC